AUGUCAAACCCCGUACGCGAGGGUUACCGCGAGUUCGAAAAUGAGCCGGAGCCUGGAGAUAGGCCCGCGGUAAGAUUGGUUUUUUAUAUUUAUCAAGUUGAGAAGUGAUAUUCCAUGGAGAAAAAAAAAAUUAAGAAGCUCUUACGCAAAAUUAUUAAAGUUGUUAUAAAAAAAUCCUUAUUUGUAUUAAAGUUUUAAUACAAAACUUCACUUUUUGUCGUUUUUUGAGUUGAAUUCUUUGACACACAAGUUUUUCAGCCUCCAAACAACACGUCAACGCUCCAGGAGGACACUUCCCUGUUUCACGACAGAACCCAGACGGAAAACUCGUUGAGCCCCGAGCAGGCGUUCAUCCACAUGGUCAAGGCGAUGCUCGGCACCGGCCUCCUUUCUUUGCCCCUCGCUUUCAAACAUUCCGGCCUUUUUGUGCGUUUUUCAAAUUACUGAAGUUAGGAAAAAUAUUCGCUCUGUAAAAAAUUGAAUUUUUCGAAUAAAGAGGACAUUUUGUAUGAGAAAGCUUUCACAGGAUUUUUUGAAGUUCUUAAAAAAUUUUUUCCAAGUAAAAUGUCAAAAAUAGUUUCUUUUUAAUUGUUGCAAGAAGUUUUCAAAGCUGUGUUCAAAGUGUUUUCCGUGAAAUUCAAAAUUAUCUCUGACUCUCCAAAAUUAAGUUUAUCUUUUUUCACUCUCUGACGGCUAUUUUGAAGUUUGUAGAAUCACUUCGAAAAAAAAAACGAAUUUUCAGAUUCUUUCAUUAGAACGGCAUCCGUUUUGGGGUUCAAUAAAAUCAAAGAAAUCAUGGUUUUUUUUUUCGUAGAAUGAUACUGCGAACUGAAAAUAUGACCCCUAGCUGUAUUAAAAUACAAUUUUUUUCUUGUUCGAAAUACAAUUUUCCAGCUCGGCCUGAUCCUGACGAUUUUAAUAUGCCUCAUUUGCCUCUACUGCAUGCGUCAGGUCGUUUUUUUGCCGCCCAUUUUGUUUGCAACAGGUUUUUUUUUCUUUAUUUUCUUCGUUCAAAAAAUAAAAUAAUUCAGAAAUGGCCGAGACCUCAUCGAUUACGCGAACAUUUUGCGCGGGGCCGUGGAAAUGGGUCCUCCUUGGAUCCGACGCCACGGAUAUUUCUUCAAGUUUAUCAAUAUUCAUAUAAAAAUCAUGGAAUUUACGAGUUUUCAGGCAACUUCUCAAUGUAA